GCAAAGCAACAAGAUACAAGGAUAGGACGAGGUACACUAUUUUCUCUAUCAACGAAUUCAGACAUGCGGAACAUCAGCACAAUUUCGAUCAUUUCAUCUACACUCCGUUAAUGGCAGUUCGACACCAACCAUUCAGUCACCCAGUACGCUCAGGUAAAGAUCUGACGGCUCCUUAAGUCCCGCCUCUGAGGCUGAGGGAAGUCUGUGAGUGGACAGCACCUGCUCCUGCCCCUCCUGAUUGGACAAGCGGCCUGCUGAAGAAAGCCCCGCGCGCCUUCCUGACUUCGAGCGGCGGUGUCCAGGGCUGGAGCCAGCAGCACCCUUCGCCUUUCGGGAGCCCGUCCCACACUGUGACACUCGGCUUAAUCUACAACGCAGACAUGGGAAAGCAGAACAGCAAGCUCCGCCCGGAGAUGGUGCAGGACCUGGUGGACAGCACGGACUUCACCGAGCACGAGAUCCAGGAGUGGUACAAGGGCUUCCUGCGGGAUUGUCCCAGCGGGGCCCUCUCCCUGGAGGAGUUCAAGAAGAUCUACGGGAACUUCUUCCCCUACGGCGACGCCUCCAAGUUCGCCGAGCACGUCUUCCGCACCUUCGACGCCAACGGCGACGGCACCAUCGACUUCCGGGAGUUCAUCAUCGCGCUGAGCGUCACGUCGCGCGGCCGGUUGGACCAGAAGCUGAAGUGGGCCUUCAGCAUGUACGACCUGGACGGCAACGGCUAUAUCAGCAAGUCCGAGAUGCUGGAGAUCGUGCAGGCCAUCUAUAAGAUGGUUUCCUCAGUGAUGAAGAUGCCAGAGGACGAGUCCACGCCUGAAAAGCGAACUGACAAGAUCUUCCGACAGAUGGACGCCAACCGUGAUGGAAAGUUGUCUCUGGAGGAGUUUGUGGAGGGAGCGAAGAACGACCCGUCUAUCGUCCGCUUGCUGCAGUGUGACCCAAGCAGCGCUGGCCAGUUCUAAAGCUUCAGGAUGCAUUUGCAUUCACAGUUUUAUUUAUUUAAAUCUUUUAUUUCUUUUAUUUUUGCUGAUUGAUUCUUAAUCUGACCCUAUCGUGAUUGGGUGCUGGGUCUCAGGGCCUAUGUGCACAAAUACUGGAGUAGCCGAGCAGCCUGCUGAGUGUGGCGCAUACACACACACACACACACACAUACACACACACAGGCACAUAAACACACACACACACACACAUACACACACACACACACAGGCACAUGAACACACCUCAUACGCACAGGCACCUCUGUACACAUAAACACACGUACACACACAGGCACAUAAACACACACACACAUGUACACACGCACACAGGCAACCUAAACACACGCACAGGCACACACGCACACACAACGUACAGACACACGCAGGCACGCACACUCACACACAAACACACACUUGUGCACAUGCAUGCUCCACACUCAGCCAUGGUCUCACACUGGCAGGGUUGACAUGUAGAGAUCAUAUGCAGUGUUAUGGACACUCAAAAGGGAAUGCUGUACCCCCAUUUUAAUCACAACUGUAGAGGGAUGUCUACUGUACCCCUAAACUGGACAUGCACAAACGGGUGAAGACCGGUACUUCCUAGCACUCCCUCACAGACUGGAGGCCCUUUGCGCUGAAAUUAUGUUGCAGGAAGUGGAGUUGGAUGACCUCUGACCUCUUAGAUGUACAGAAGACCAAUGGAAAGCUUUUAUAGUCGGUGGGCAUGGACAGAGUGACUCUGGAGUUGGUUUCUCAGGCCUUUAUUCUCUUGAGAAAAUGUAAGCUGAGAAUGUACAGUAUGUUUAGUUUUUUUUACGGUACAGGAAUCUUGGGGGUGGAUUUGUCCUAAUUCUGGACUACUAAACCUAAAUUAGGAUACGGUAGUCUAACAUAUUUAAUCAGAGUUUUCUUUUUUUCGUUUUUGUUCAUUUAAUUUACGCAACCUGCUGUAUUAUGUUUGAUUUGCCGUCCAGCUCGACAUGUUCUCUCGAUGUUCCUUUAAUGUUCCUAAAAUUUUUUUCUGCUUUACCACCAUUUUCUAAGGGCAUUAUGAGAAGCAACAUGUGUAGCUUGAUGCUGAAUGCUUGUAUCAGUGUAAGUGAAGGCAGGGAUUUCUCCAGGAGACUGGUGUCUGCCUCAAUGAGUCUCAAUGAGUCUCAGUGAACCGCAAUGAGUCUCAGCGAGUUUCAGUGAGUCUCAGUGAGUUUCAGUGAGUUUCAGUGAGUCUCAGUGAGUUUCAGUGAGUCUCAGUGACUCGCAGCGAAUCUCAGUGAGUCUCAAUGAGUCUCAGUGAGCACUGGGGACAUGGGGGAAUCCCUUCACAAAACGUCAUUGUUAAAUAAUUAAAUAAUUAAAUAAUUUCAGUAAAUGGUCACACUAUUUUAAGGGACUGUGUGUACAAUCUAUAGGCAUUCAAUUCAAUUCAAUUCAGUUUUCAGUUCAGUUCAGUUUUAUUUGUAUAGUGCCGAAAACUGGCGCAAGGACUCUUUACAGAGUAGCAGAAGGGCAAAUACCACUCCUGACCCACAAAAUAGGCCGCGUGGGAGUGGAAGAUAGCAAAAUAGUUUCUAAAGCAUUUCGUUCUAACUUACAUCACACUUAAGUUAGAGCUUUACCUUCUUACUACCUGUCUGCUUGUGAGUGACUUUUAAAAAGUUUAAAAAUAUGUCAUUUCAGUACACACAGACCCUUUAAGUGUGACCAAAGUAAUAUAACAGAACUCAAGUGUUUUGAAGAAUUCAAGGACUUCUGUGCUUCUGUCUCUACCAAGGCAUGUAUAUACACACAUUACAGCCUGCAGACUGUUCUGUAUGUAUCUCACCAACGGAGUGCGCUGAAAAUAGAAAUGUAGAUAAAUAUAUUCUUAUAUUUGAAAAUGUGUUGUGGCGUUUGCCAGAUUGAAAGAUUGCAAUGUACGUUUUGUUUUGUUUUUGUUGGAAUUAAUCAUAUUCCUUCAUUUCCCUGUGAACUUGACACACAUGUGUACAGUACGCUCCUAUACCUGCGUAGGACCGUGGGACGAACGAGAGGACCUGGCAUUACGCUUUCAUACGCCCUCAGUGACACAUCGAAUUGCUCGUAAAACCUCGGGCAGUGGCUGGAAGGAGACCUUUUAAAUGCGCGUUUGUGAUAAAAGAAGGUUACCGUUACGUUAAUAUUCCGAGAAUUAUUAUAUCUGGAACAUUUGAAAUUUAAAAAAGCCAGCCCUGCUCCCUGAAUACCUGCAUGAUUUCUCACCCAUUAUGCGCAUGCAAUUUGAUACCAACUCAGAUUUUGGGUCAUACUAAACUUUCACCCAAUCUCUCAUCCCUGGCUCGCCACCUCUCAUUCCUGAGUUACCCAUCAUCCACAAUGGCCUAAGCACCAAGAACUGCAGUUAACUGUUGCACUGUCUAUCAGAUAAAACUGUUUCAGCAGAACAAUUCAGGCAGCUGUUCUCACGUAGAAAAUAAAAAGGAAAAGGUGGGUUAAAACUUGUGAUGGGGUAUGAACAUUUCAUGACGUCCACAUUGGAGGGAACUUCAGUAAGCUGAUCAUUCAGAAACUGAUCUUAACCAAUCAGAAGUUGUUUUUGCUUUCCGCAGCAGAACAAAGUUGUGAAUCACUGACAGCUUACGAUGGCUUCACCCAUUGUGAUGUCAUGAAGCCUCGUCUUCCUGGCACAAGUUAAAAUGGAGGGUUAUAUCUCCUGCAGUGAAUUUCUUAUAGUCUGUACUUUUUUUUUUCUUUCGGAAUACAGCUACAAUCAUAACAUUUCCAUUUUUAACUUUAGCACCAUGUGGUCAAGUGCCAAAUAUGCAGUAAACCAGUAUUGUAUCAAGUUUCUACUGUACAAUUGUUGUCUGUCAAACAAAAUGUUUGUCAUCAUUCUAUUUUGUAGAUUUUUUUUUUUUGUAUGGUAACUUGUAUUUUGUGACAGUGUAGUUUUCAAAACACAAUAUUCUGUUUUGGUUAUCUAAUAAAAUAUCCUUGAUAAAUGCUC